AACAGAAGAAGGUUAUGCCCAUUGGGACACAAAAACAGGUAGUUGACAUCACUUCAGAUGAGACCAUUUUCUGUUUGGAAUUUCUAAGUCGAAAUCAGGAGUGAAUGAAAUCUUCUGCAAGACUUCAGUGACAACAUUUCAAGGAUGAACCAUACAAGCAAUGAGGAGUCUUCUGGGUGCGUGUGGGUCUGCCAGAUCAUAAUGGUGGAAGGAGUCGUUGGUUUCUUAGGAAACCUCUUAGUGUGUUUGGUUAUUUUACGUGUCAAAUUCCUACACAACAUGACAAACUAUCUGCUGGUGAAUUUGGCAGUGGCUGACAUGCUAGUCUGUGUCCAAGCUUUCUUCUUCUACCUCUCUGCUGAUCAAGACUUCCCGCUCAUUCGUUUCGUUCCAGCAAGCCUGAUUGGUAAGGAAUUGUUGUGCCGAUUGUUGGCCUCUGCUUUCUUGUAUUGGUUUUUUGCCAGCGUGUCGGCAUACACCCUUUGUUUGGUGACAUUUGAGAGAUAUGUUAGCAUUGUGCAUCCUCUACAGUAUCCAAGGAAACUCACAGCAACACGGAUGACAAUUCUGAUUGUACUGACGUGGGCGAUUUCGCUCCUGUUUUCUGUACCUAUACUAUUCACAAACAAAGGGAGCCGGGAUCCUAACAAGGUUUGUUCAAGUACCGAACGUCCCCAUGACGCACGCAUUACACACGUGCUAUCAUUUCUUGUCGGUUACCUACUGCCCAUAACAUUGAUGAGUUUGGCCUACUACAAGAUGCAACUCACUCUAAAAAGGCAAGCCAGUGCUCUGAAAAUGGAACAUGCAAGGGCAGCAGCCUAUGAUCUUGUGAUUGCUAGACAGCGUCUGGUCAGCAUGCUUACAAUCGUCUUAGGAGCUCUAAUAGUUCUGUUGACACCUGGUCAUGUCGAGUCCCUCAUCUGCUUACAUCCGUCACAAACUGACCCCAUGUGGUCCAUCUGCAAUUCUCCAAACUACAGCUACCUCAGAGGUGCCUGCAAUAUUCUUCUUUAUCUCAAUUCGGUCGUUAAUCCCAUCAUCUACGAAUUCAAAUACAAGAAAUUUCGGCAAGGUCUGAAGGUAGCUUUUCACAGCUGUUUCGGUCAGCAAUGUAAAAACAGUGUAGAUAUAGUGAUGAAUCCUACUUCACAUAACCGCUAG